AUGGCGGGGGGUCGGAGGGGACUUGUGGCCCCUCAGAAUACUUUUUUGGAGAAUAUUGUGAGACGGUCGAACGAUACCAACUUUGUGCUGGGAAACGCUCAGAUAGUGGACUGGCCCAUCGUCUACAGCAAUGAUGGCUUCUGCAAGUUGUCGGGGUACCACAGAGCAGAGGUGAUGCAGAAAAGCAGCACCUGCAGCUUCAUGUAUGGGGAGCUCACAGACAAGGACACAACGGAAAAAGUGCGACUAACGUUCGAGAAUUAUGAGAUGAACUCGUUUGAAAUACUUAUGUACAAGAAAAACAGGACGCCUGUGUGGUUUUUUGUGAAGAUUGCUCCCAUUCGAAAUGAACAAGAGAAAGUGGUCCUGUUUCUCUGCACGUUCAGUGACAUAACAGCCUUUAAACAGCCCAUUGAAGACGAUUCUUCCAAAGGUUGGGGAAAGUUUGCCCGACUAACUCGAGCUCUGACAAGCAGUAGAGGAGUCUUACAACAACUGCAGCCCACAGUUCACAAGGGAGAGAACGUCCACAAGCACUCCCGCUUAGCUGAGGUACUGCAGCUCGGCUCAGAUCUCCUACCUCAGUACAAGCAGGAGACCCCCAAAACCCCUCCCCACAUCAUCCUGCACUACUGCCUCUUCAAGACCACAUGGGACUGGGUCAUCCUCAUCCUCACCUUCUACACAGCCAUCAUGGUGCCCUACAACGUCUCCUUCAAGACCAAGCAGAACAACGUGACGUGGCUGGUGGUGGACAGCAUCGUGGACGUCAUCUUCUUGGUGGACAUCGUUUUAAACUUCCACACCACAUUCGUGGGACCCGCUGGCGAGGUCAUCUCGGACCCCAAGCUGAUUCGAAUGAACUACCUGAAGACCUGGUUUGUUAUCGACCUGCUGUCCUGUCUACCGUACGACGUCAUCAACGCCUUCGAGAACGUAGAUGAGGGGAUCAGCAGUCUGUUCAGCUCGCUUAAGGUGGUCCGGCUUCUCCGUCUGGGUCGGGUUGCCCGUAAACUGGAUCACUACAUCGAGUACGGGGCGGCUGUGCUGGUCCUGCUGGUGUGUGUUUUUGGACUGGCUGCCCACUGGCUAGCCUGCAUUUGGUACAGCAUUGGUGAUUACGAAGUUAUCGAUGAAGAAACCAACAUCGUCCGCACGGACAGCUGGCUCUACAUCCUGGCUGAGACUGUGGGCACGCCGUACCACUUCAACACCACCUCAGCGAAGUGGGAGGGCGGGCCAAACAAGGACUCUGUCUACAUCACCUCCUUGUACUUCACCAUGACCAGCCUGACGAGCAUCGGGUUUGGUAACAUCGCCCCGACGACAGACGGAGAGAAAAUCUUUGCCGUGGCCAUGAUGAUGAUUGGAUCACUGCUUUACGCCACCAUCUUUGGUAACGUGACAACCAUCUUCCAGCAGAUGUACGCCAACACGAAUCGUUACCAUGAGAUGCUUAACAGCGUUCGGGACUUCCUCAAACUAUACCAGGUCCCCAAGGGCUUGAGUGAAAGAGUUAUGGACUACAUCGCCUCCACCUGGUCCAUGUCACGGGGUAUAGACACUGAAAAGGUGUUGCAGAUUUGUCCAAAGGACAUGAGAGCGGACAUUUGUGUUCAUCUCAACCGGAAGGUUUUUAAAGAGCACCCAGCUUUCCGGCUGGCCAGUGAUGGGUGUCUCAGAGCUCUGGCCAUGGAGUUUCAGACCAUCCACUGUGCUCCCGGUGACCUGAUUUACCACGCUGGCGAAAGUGUGGACAGCCUCUGUUUCGUGGUGUCGGGAUCACUGGAGGUCAUUCAGGAUGAUGAGGUUGUGGCCAUUUUAGGUAAGGGAGAUGUAUUUGGGGAUGUUUUUUGGAAAGAGGUGACUCUGGCUCAAGCCUGUGCCAACGUCCGAGCCCUGACCUACUGCGACCUCCACGUCAUUAAACGUGACGCUCUGCAGAAGGUGCUGGAGUUCUACACAGCAUUUUCCAACCACUUCUCAAGAAAUCUGCUGCUCACUUAUAACCUGCGAAAAAGGAUCGUCUUCCGAAAGAUCAGUGAUGUGAAACGUGAGGAAGAGGAGCGGCAAAGGCGUAAAAAUGAAGCCCCUCUGAACUUGCCACCAGAUCAUCCGGUAAGAAAACUCUUCCAGCGCUUUCGACAGCAGAAGGAAGCCCGUAUGGCGACCGAGAAACCAGAACUAGAUGAACACGAUAUCGAGAAGGGCCCCGCGUAUGUGGACGUCCCGAUAGCUAAAACAGCCAUUACGACAACCAGCAUCAUCACGGUAACUGAAAGCCCAGCAACACCUUCACUUUCAACCCCUUCAUCUGCCACAUCCCCCAAAUGUGCUCCGUCGGACAAGGCAAAGCUGCAGGUGCCGCCUCCCAUUUCUUUGGUAGGAUGCCGGUCCGCUGAGCCAGUUAAAGUCAAAGGCUGGGGUCGCUUCAAGGAGUCCAUGGCCAAAGCCGACAACUGGAACAAAGUGUCUAAGGCCGAAUCCAUGGAGACUUUACCAGAACGGACAAAGGUGCACGAAUCACAGAUGUCUCUAAAGAAGACAGACUCAUGUGACAGCGGCAUCACCAAAAGUGACCUGCGCCUGGACAAAGUGGGUGACUUCCGCUUGACGCCUCAGGACCGCAGUCCUGUCCAGCCUCCGGAGACCAGGCACGCCUUCUACCCCAUCCCAGAGCAAACGCUUCAGGCCUCGCUUCAGGAGCUCAAGCUAGAGCUGAAGGACGACCUCAAGAACCUGAAUGUUCGAAUGUCCGGCCUUGAGGCUCAGCUAAACGAAGCACUUCAACUCCUCAAAGCGAGGAAAUCAAGUGCUGACUCUCCGCAGCAUCUUUUUGACAUUUCUAGACCUGCUUCACCAGAACUCGACAAAGAGGACAUCUUCUCUUGA